AUGGAUCUCUGUCAGAAAAAUGAGACGGAAUUAGAAAAUAGUGAAAAUAACGAAAUUCACAGCCCAGAAGAAACAGAAUUAACCUAUACUUGCCCGGAUGAAAGAGGUGAAAAGAAUCAUAUUUGUUGUCUUCUCAGUAUCAGUGACAUUACGCUUGAACAAGAUGAAAAAGCUAUCGAAUUUGUCAUCGGAACUGGGUGGGAAGAAGCUGUCCAAGGCUGGGGAAGGACUUCUCCAACUGCCUGCAUCUGGCCCAGGAAGAAGCUUAAAAAGGCGAGGGUGGGAGAAGGUGCCAGUAGCUGCUUACUCUGUGGCAGUCUCUCCCAAGGGAGUGCUGAGGCCAGGCCUCAGGCGGAGGCGGAGAAGUUGGGGUCAGGGGCUCCUGCUGAGGUGGGUCUGGAGAAGGAUCAAGGCAGCCCCUCCCAGACUCGGGGAACCUCUCUGGGCUCCGCAGCCGCCACCACCACCUCCAGGGAGGUUAGCAAGAUCUGCUUUCCCCGCUGCGGUCAGGGAGAGAAAAAGAGUCUGCAAAUAAAGGAGUUUAUGUGGUGCAAGGAAGACUGGGCCACCCCUGAGGCUCUUAGGGGCAAGGACCCCAGAAGCCCCAGCAGAGGUCCCUCCAUCUCAGACUCCUUGACUUCCAGGGCCCUUUUAGUUCUGCCUCCCCUGAAGGCUUCACUCCCAAAUGGCUUGGAUGUUCUGGGUAAGAAGAGUAAGAACUUCUUGCAGCCGGAGGAGAAGGUGCUGAGUGUGGAAAAGGAUGAGUGUGUGGCUUGUGCAUAUGGAUUGAAAACAGUUGAUGGGAAAGGUGAAAAGAGACCCAUUGAGCUGGCCAGUCACCCCAAGGUCAAUGACACACUGCCUUUUCCUCCCCGGGGGGCCCCGACAUCCCUGCUGGCCAAUCAGGAGCGGUGCUGCCUGCACUGGUCCCUCCUGCCUGAGAAAAACCUGGUGUGCCCUCCCGACCCCAGCAACGUGCGCUAUCUCACCACUGUGCGGCUCUUGCAGAAACACGGAGUACAGAACUACAAAGCCAAAUUCAAAGCCAGGGAGCCAAGACCUCCCGUCAACACCCAAAAGUGCAUUCUCACGGAGGCCAAGCAGGAACACAGGCCCCAAACGUUGGAGACCAAAGUGUUCCCGAGAACUCUCUUGCCGUCCCUCACCGUGAGCAGAGUUGUCAUUCCUGUCUCCACUCACAGACUGCUCUGAGUUGCCACAAUAGAAUUCCCUGGGAAUAAGUACUGUUUGAAUUCAUUUAUCCUCUCCCUGUCUCUCUUCUGCCCCGUCCCAUCCUUUCUUCUUUUCUUCUCUUCUUCCAUACUCUUA